UCUCAGAGGCUAACUGGACUGAACAGAUGGUUGCACAGUUGCCUAAACUCUUUGACAGUCUUUUGGAGAUCUUUGUAGGCUUGUAGCACACCCAGACCCAAUCAUGUCAAAAAAGGAGCUUGUGCAAAUAUUAAUCUCAGACCAUUUGGAAGCAGCUGAAGAAAAAGAAGUCUAUGAACAGCUCCGCUUGAUGCUAGUACUAGCUCCAGAAUGGAUCGAGGAGAAAAUGUCAUCCACUGUGGAUCUUCUUAUACAUGAGUUUUUACCCCUUUUCUUUCCUCCAUGUGCAGUUUUAACAGAAUUCUGAACCCUAAGUCAAUACGCACAAGAUUUAUCUGAAGCUAAAUAAAAGGGCAUUAUGUAGUUAACACAUUUUCUUUGUUUUUUCAAGGAUUUGGAAUAUGUUUUGGAAUUUAAAGGAG